CGGGGGGUGCGGGGGGCGAGCCUCCGCCCUCGCAGCCUAAAGCACCGAAAACACCUUCCACACCUGAGGCAGUGCUGCCGAAGCGCGAGCCCGCGAGUAUGGAGGUGGGCGAAGCGCCCGACCUGCUGCGAGACUGCCUGCCGCCGCUAGACGCAUUAGAUGGCCUAAAACUAGGUUCAUGUUCACCUUUAGGGCGAGAAGCUCUAUCAGAAGGUCUUUCCGAAGGUUUAUCGGAAGGCCUAUCAGAGGACCUUCCCGAAGGCCUUUCGGAAGGUCUAGGCCUGGGCUGCCUCACUCCGGGCCUCUGUCUGGACCCCCCGCCUGAUAUGUUCGAUCACAAGGACAUCAAGAUGCGGCUGUCGCCGCUGCCGCUGCUGGGGGGCGUGGGGGGCGUGGGCAACCUCGCGCAGAUAGAGGACCUCAUGGACGACGACUCACACAACCCUGUCACACAAGGUGAUCCAAUGUUAUGUUCGUCACCGACAUCUCUGGGGUUAAGCUCGGACUCCAUGCUGCACGACGACUCGCACGCAUUCUCGCACCAAGGUUCGAAUUUGCUUAGCGAAGGUCUAAGUCUAGGCACAUCGCUGUCCCUAGGCGACAGCUGCCUGCCGGGGCUGCUGCUGGGCGCCCAGCACAGGCACCACCACGCGCCCCACUCCCCGCGCUCGCACCCGCGCCCCUCCUGCUUCGACAUGGACCUGGGGGCGUAAUACAUACAUACAUACAUAUCUCUAAAAUACCUAACUGGUCAUUCGGAAUAUGGUCGUUAAUAUGUUUGGGGGUCCUAAUCGUAUAACUAACACCCCCAAAAAAAUAUUCUUUUUUGACGCAUUAUAAAGAUUAUUCCCCUAAUAGUCUUUAUUUAAAUUAUAUAGAUUUAUUUGCGAUUUUUUCUUAAUACCGACCCCCUAAAAAGUCGGACCCCCAAAAAACCAUGUUCCGUCUAACCAUUAUAGUAAAAUUUCUUAUUCAAAUACUUAGAAAAAUCUCUCAAAAAUAGUUACAAAACCAUAUAUAAAAGUUGUUUUUGUUAAAAUUUCAAUUUCAUAAAAUCUAAUCAAAUAUGCACUUUUUUACCUUCACAUAAAAGUCAAAUUCGCUCAAAACCAUAAACAUUUCAAUCGAUUAUCUAUGAAUCGAAUAUACCAUAGACUAAUUUGACAAUAAGUUCCUUCGCAAGUUUCGUUGUGAUAAUGUUACCAGCUUAACUUAUAUUAAAAAUAGUUGUUGCUCGCGACUUCAACCGCGUGAAAUUAAAAAAUAUAGCCUAUGUUACUCACA